CAGGGCAUAUUCAUAUCGACUUGCAAUGCAGGCGUACACAAGCAGUCGCAACGAUGACGUACUAUGUAGUGCCCAUAAUCAAGCGGUCCCUCGUGGAUUCGAGUACCGCUUAUGACACUCAAGUGUCAGACUUGAAGUGUCGUGAGGGCCUAGCCCUUCACGACAUUGCACGGCUGAAGGAGUUGUCGUGCAGCCGUCAAGGCACCUCAGGCUCUCGACCUGAGUGAAAGAAACACAAGAGCCAUCAUGGCGAUGGUGGUGAGGAGGAGGAGGAAGAGGAAGAAGAAGAGGAAGACAGUGGAGGUCACGGUGACGAUGGAGGAGGAGGAGACGAAGGUGACGAUGGAGGAGGAGGAGACGAAGGUGACGAUGGAGGAGGAGGAGACAAAGGCGAAGGUGGAGGUUUCACCAAAUUCAUGGGUCAGGGCAUUCACCUUGGUCUCAGAUACGGAGCCUCCAUGAAUACAUUGCUGCUGCGUCAGCCUCAGUCGGGUGCUGCUGUCGGUGGAGGGAUGUUCACUCCAUCAAAGUUUGCCACGAACUGUGGUUGCAACUACGAGCCACAGCUAUUACUGUUGUUAUCUGCAUCGGGUGCUGCUCCUCCAUUCAUGACAUGCAGAGUGGCAGGGUGUAGACUGCUCUUCUGCUCCUCCAUUCAUGACGUGCAGAGUGGCAGGGUGUCGGCUGUUUUUCUGCCAGUUGUGUUGGGCCACAUUGAUCGUGGGAACCUUGAUAUUCAUCAGGGCAUCGUUGGCGUUAAGGAAAGGCAGGCGAAGAGUGGUUUGUGGUUGAUUGGCGAGAAGACGAUUCGGUGUGAUGACUUUGCAAUAACUGAGCUAUCCAAUUCAGCGCGAUUUGUUGUCAGCAGAAUGUUCAGAAGGGCAAUUGACCUACUUGACGAAGCAAAAUUGGGAAUUGUGAAGGAAGCUUGUGAUUUGGAAGCGCGAAGUUGGAAGGGAAGAGGGAGGUGGGAAUUUGCAGCACUGGGAAUGGUCAUCGCUUUUGCUGGCGAAUCGAAGGGUGAGUUGGUCUCGAGCAUUCUCAAGGGAUGGGAGUCGGAGGAAUGGGAAGGAUAUGGUUUUCCCCGAACAAGGGAACUCACGGCAAUAACGUUGAAGUAUGCUUCAAGAGAGGAUAGGAGGAAGCUGCAGUUGAAUAACCUUUUCAAAUUUGGCGAAGGAGCCUGGGUGACAAGCUUGGGAUGUUCAAAGGCUGGGAAUUGAUUUCGGAACUAUCUUUGCAAGCAGAGGGGGGGGAACCUUGAACCUGGCUAUCUCAUGGCGAUCCAUUACCAAGAAUC